AUGGAAAGACUUCGCAUUAUGGGCCAGAAUUCCAACGAAAAUGAAGCAGAAGUGGCAGCAGUCAUGAACAGAGAUGACAAGUCUUGUCAUAGGAAGAUCGAUUGGAACGCUGUAAACAGAGGGCCAAGGAUUGUUAUAAAUAUUUCUGGGCAGCGAUACGAGACCUAUGAAAAGACGCUUGAAUUAUUUCCUGAGUCACUUCUUGGAGAUAAAGAAAGAAGAAAGGACUUCUACGAUCCGGUUAACAAUGAAUUUUUUUUCGACCGUAACCGCAUUUGCUUCGAGUCGAUACUAGCUUACUACCAAACAAACGGAAUUCUUAUAAGGCCGCAAAGUAUUCCACGGAAGGUAUUUAUAAGCGAUGUUCGCUUCUUUGAUCUCGGACCAAAGGCUUUGGUUCAAGCUGGUGAAGGAUUGGAACAGCCUGUCGAACAAAAUAAACGACUUUUACCAAAGAACAAAAUACAGAGAAAAGUAUGGGAGUUAUUUGAACAUCCAGACACUUCGAAUUUUGCACGAGGAAUCGCCAUUUGGUCCGUUUGCAUAAUUAUCUUAUCAAUAGCUCUUUUUUGCGUCGAGACUUUGCCGCAGUUUCAGGAGGAGCCAGUUAAAACAGUAAAUGGAACAGUCACUUCGUUUACAUCGAAAAAGAAAACAGAUAACCCAUUCUUCCUCAUUGAAGCAUUUUGCAUCACCUGGUUUACAUUGGAGUAUGUAAUUCGUUUCAUUUUUAGCCCAAACAAGUGGAAAUUCUUCAUUUCAGUGCUAAAUAUGAUUGACUUGGUUUCCAUUAUACCGUUCUAUAUAACUCUGCCUAUGGAGGAUUCAGGUAAUGUUUCGUCACUCGCAGUUCUUCGCUCCGUCCGUCUCGUGCGAGUCUUUCGUAUUUUCAAACUGUCGCGUUACUCGCGUGGACUUCAAAUUCUGGGUCACACUCUGAGGGCGAGCUUGAGAGAGUUAGGCCUUCUGUUUUUCUUCCUCUGUAUGGGAGUUGUUCUGUUCUCCAGUGCUGUCUAUUAUGCAGAAAUCAGCAAUGAGGAUGGAAAUGAUUUCCUGAGUAUUCCUCAUUCAUUUUGGUGGGCGAUUAUAACCAUGACUACUGUGGGCUAUGGAGACAUAACACCCAAGACUCUUGGUAUGUAUCCUAUAUGACUUUGGUUUUAAAUAUUUGCUCUUAAAGUUUGUUAUUUUCUCAUUAUUGAAUAUUUCGUGGCUCUCGAAACUGAUUACUAUAAGUAAGUUUUGGUCACGAAUCAAGAAAUAACACACUUACGAGAAUUGAAUAGAAAUCAAGGUAUCUCUAGAUGACACUUUGUUUUAAUCCAUUGUUUACAUCUGUGGGUAGAAAUCAAACUGACCUUCAUUUGUAGAUCAUCAAAAGGCAAUCGUGUAAAAACAGAACAGUUGUAAGAAUUACCGAAGCCUAAAAUUGCAAGUCAAAAAUUCCUGCCUUUGGUAGGAGACAAUUUUUCUUAGAAAAAUUCACGCGUCGAUGAUUUUCACGCGAAACCUGGCGCUAUAGGAUUUUUUGAAACAAUGCAUUAUUUAAUUUCCAUGUCAUCUAUUUUGACUAUGUAACUGUGGGAUAUGACAUUCUUAAGAAAAGAACCCCUGCAAAUGGAAACAGUGCUCGUCAGUAGUCUUGCAGAAAGCCGUGUAUCUGAUACAGCGAUAAGCCUGAUAAGUGACUUUCACUUAAUUAAGGAUCCUAUGAAAAUCUUACAUCUGAGUGAUCUAUCAAAAGUGAGUGUUUGCUUUAGGUAAAGAAUGCAAUCAGAAUGAGGCGUAAAAAAUCAGCGAUUCUGACGCAUUCUACAAACAGGGCACUUCAUUAGUUAAGUACGUUUUAAGACAAAAACAAAUAAGGUAUUUUAAAUGUUCUCGCCAAAAAACCAGCAUACUGCUCGCAGUUUGUGACUCAAGGCAGCAUCCUUUGGGAUGUUCACCUUGAAUUUGAUGUCGCCUAUCGAGGGUCUGAUAAACCGCAACUCAGUCAUAUCGCAAGAAAAUCCAAAUCUUUUAUCCUCCCCUCAUCAUAACAAACAAAUAUCGCAAUGAUGUAAAACGUCCAAAAACGCACACUGAGGUAGACGCACUGGUGAAAGAGCGCGCGCCUUGAUUCAGCGUACACCUACUAGUCAACCAUGUCUAGAGGCCUGUGUUCCCGUGUUGGAUAAAGACUUCUUUUAUAUUUUUUUUUUAAGAAAGAGCUAUCUUAUCGGGUUUUCAUAGUUCUUAUUUUAAAACAAGUUAUAGGAAAAAUGAAGUGGGUACAAUUAAAACUCCUAAGAUUAUUAGCCUUUUAAGGCAUCUUACUGAGUGUAGGGCUGUUUGUCUGGGAACUAGCGAUUGACUCCGACUAUUAUUCACGUUAUCCUGCAGGUGGAAAGUUAGUUGGCUGUUUCUGUGCCAUCACAGGUGUGUUAGCCAUUGCUUUACCAGUGCCAGUCAUAGUCUCGAACUUCGCUUAUUACUACUCGAAAGAGAAUGAUGGAAGGCAUUCAAACAUGGAUGAUGAGGAUGAAGACGACGAAAUAGAACAGGAAAAUGAGCCAGUAAAGAAAGAAAAACAUGUAAAGAAAAAAAUCUCAUUAAAUUGUACUGCAAAGAUAUGUCGGACAAAUAGAGGCAAUGAUACAGUACAAAUAAAAAGAAAACGAAAAUUUGCAACGGUGAAUUAUCCUGACACGCUGUAUAAUGCUUUAGAUUCCAACGCAAACAAGGAUCAUCAAAAUGGAUUGGCAAAUGCCAACCCAGUUAAGGACGAAAACGAUCAAAAGAGCUACGAAAAGGAGACUUCUUUGUCGCAAGUAGAGACAAUCGUCUAA